CCAAUCAGACAGUUUUUUCUCAACCACGGAAUAUCGACAGAAGUUGAGACAGGCAGUCUGGAGUAAGUCUGAACCACGAUGAAUGCAAUAAACCGUUGUCUCGUGUUAAUAGUCCUGUCCAUUGGGACUAGGAUUGAAGAAAAUGAUGCACUGCAGUGUUACUGCCAGCGCUGUCUCAACUCCACGUGCACCACGGACGGACUGUGCUUCGUGUCCGUCAAGAAGUCUGGCAGCAGCAUCACCGCCGAGAGCAGUAUGUGCGUCCCCGAGAACGAGCUGAUCCCGCGCGACCGCCCCUUCAUCUGCGCGCCCUCCACCAAGGACGACACUGGCAUCUACCCUAUGUGCUGCUCCACCGACUGGUGCAACAAGAACCCUGACCUCAGUGUCUUCCCAGUGCCAACAGUGAAGCCGGUGCCUCUGGGGCCUGUGGCGCUGGCGGCGGUGAUCGCAGGGCCUGUGUGCGUGCUGUGCUUCGUGCUGAUGCUGGUCUUCUACAUCUGCCACAGCCGUGCGGGCAUCCACCACCGCGUGCCCAACGAGGAGGACCCCUCCAUGAACCAUCCCUUCCUCAACGUGGGCUCCACCCUCAAAGACCUCAUCUACGACAUGACCACCUCUGGCUCCGGCUCUGGUGGGUUAGGUCUGCCCCUGCUGGUACAGAGGACCAUAGCCCGGACCAUCAUCCUCCAGGAGAGCAUUGGGAAGGGCCGCUUUGGCGAAGUGUGGCGGGGGAAGUGGCGAGACGAGGAGGUGGCAGUCAAGAUCUUCUCGUCCCGUGAGGAGCGCUCGUGGUUCCGCGAGGCCGAGAUCUACCAGACAGUCAUGCUCCGUCACGAGAAUAUCCUGGGCUUCAUCGCCGCCGACAACAAAGAUAACGGGACAUGGACCCAGCUGUGGCUGGUGUCAGACUACCAUGAGCAUGGCUCUUUGUUUGACUACCUGAACCGCUACACCGUCACCGUGGAGGGCAUGAUCAAACUUUCCCUGUCCACCGCCAGCGGCCUGGCCCACCUCCACAUGGAGAUUGUUGGCACGCAAGGGAAGCCGGCCAUUGCCCACAGGGACCUGAAAUCUAAGAACAUCCUGGUGAAGAAGAGCGGGACUUGCUGCAUCGCCGACCUGGGCCUGGCCGUGCGCCACGACUCCGCCACUGACACCAUUGACAUCGCUCCCAACCACAGAGUAGGAACCAAAAGGUAUAUGGCACCAGAGGUGCUAGACGACUCGAUAAACAUGAAGCAUUUUGAGUCGUUUAAGAGGGCAGAUAUCUACGCCAUGGGCUUGGUGUUCUGGGAGAUAGCCAGUAGAUGCUCUCUGGCAGGCAUCGUUGAAGACUACCAGCUGCCAUACCAUGACCUGGUGCAGUCAGACCCCUCUGUGGAGGAGAUGAGGAGGGUGGUGUGUGAACAGAAGCUACGACCCAACAUUCCAAACCGGUGGCAGAGCUGUGAGGCUCUGCGGGUAAUGGCUAAGAUCAUGAGGGAGUGCUGGUACGCCAACGGAGCAGCCCGCCUCACCGCACUACGCAUCAAGAAGACCCUGUCCCAGCUCAGCCAAUCAGAGGGCAUCAAGAUGUAGACACACCCUUUCUCCUGUUAUAUUAUUAAUAAUAUUAUUAUUUUCAUUAUUACCAUCAAUAGUUCUCUUUCUGCCGCUCCUCCUCUUGGUUUGAAAGGAGAGGCGGUGCGGCACGGUGAAGUUUUACUCUGAUACCCCCCUGACCCCUCCCUAAAUGCUGUCAUCGUUUCAUCGUCGCCCCGCUGACUGGCGCGUGGAUCUAUUUUCUGUCUCAUGGAGGUGGAGCAUGGAUCUGGUAGAGGGAUGUUUGCCAGUGCAAACCCCACCCCACAGUCCUCAUGAUUUGGUGGGAUCACAUCCUCGAGUGCUCGUGAAAGACCUAUCGGGGUGAUUACAGACAAACGUAGUCCCACCAUGCCACAGACCCAUCUCUCAGUGCUGUUCGGCGGAAACCAGAGGAAAGGAAACAUCAACAACCCAUCAGAAAAGCCCUAAGGUUGCAUGACUGCUGGUCAUAACAUUCAGGUGACAAUGCCUCCAUUCAAACAACAAAUGUUCAAUUCUGUCACUGGGCGAGGUGGCUCGGACUCGACGAGAACCACCCUAGAAAAAGAUUGAACGAACUAUAGUUAGUUUAUUUUUUACCAUCCGGUACUUAAAAACAAGUAUUUUAAUUGAGUUAUUGUUUCUGUUUUUUUCCAUGGAGAGAUGCUGGUGUGCUGUUGGACUCGUCUCUCCAGAAAAUGUUGCACCUUUUUUUGUGUUUCUCGCUCUCCUCCCUACGUAUCACGGUACAGGGGGUCUACAGGUCAGUUUAACUUAUUUGUUUUUGUUUGCAAACAAACUGGACAUGAGCUCAUUCAGUCUUGGCCAACAUGCUAUGGCAUAUGCAAUAUAGAUCAAAUGUAUCUAUUUUAUAUACUCUGCUCUGCUACUACAACAGCAACGUCAACGACAACAACAACAGCUCGACAGUCGCCACCAUGCCUUCCAAGCCAGGUGAUAACCGGAAAGUGCCACUGCUUUAAACCUACCCCCCUUCCCCUCUCAUGUCGGGUACUGUGUGGGGGUGUUGGUGUGAUUGCAAAGGUGUGUGGGUGUGUGUGUGUAAGAUUUCAUGGAGUCUUGACAGAAGCCCUCCCAGAGCUGUAGGAGCAGCAGGGAGUGUUCCUCCUCCUAUGCACAUGAAAGGACACACGUGACCUCGCCACACUUCCACGGGCAGCCACAACACCCCCUCUCUGGUGCCAUCUACCCACCCACCUACCUCCCUCAGCCGGCCCACCCUCAUAAAAACAGCAACAAGGGUUGUUUAUCUUUCUUUCUCCCUUUUCCACUCUCUCUCCGCUGUAUGGGAGAGCUCUCAUGACUAUAGAAACUGAAUACCAGACUGAUAGUGGGGCUAGUACCCACAGGCCUACACUAAGGUGGCUUUAAGGAAAAAUAAAAAAAACUACGCAAGCAUUACUGAAGUUGCCCUAUAAACAUGCAUUGUUUGAUUCUUUUUUUGUAAGGGGGUUCAGUGUGUGUGACAGCACACAUUUAUCUCUUUAAAUAAAAACAAGGUAAAUAUAGCAAAUGGAUAUUUACUAAGCCAUAGGUUUUCCAAUGUUUUUUUGUGGCAACUUUUUCUACUACUAGAAGAAUGUACAUUUACGGAUAAAAAUAAUCUGUAACAUUAUGUAAACUGCUUCACAUUUCAGUUUAGCAAGUCUUAUGGGACCAAUGGAGAGAGGCAGGAUUGCUCUUGUUUUGUAAAAAGUAAGAUUAUAAAUUACUAUUAUAAAGUAGGGUCAAUAUUCUAUAUAAAGGAAAAAAGUAAAUGUAGCACCAGAUUUUAAAGCUGCAAUGUGUAUCUUUUUGGGCAACCCGACAAAAUUCACAUAAUGUGAUUUAUAGAUCUGUCAUUCUAAUUUGAAAGCAAGUCUAAGAAACGGUAGAUCUGUUCUAUAUGCGCUAUUUCUGUGCUUCCUGUUUUUAAGUUUCGUUUUUGCUUUACUUUUGGUUUUGUGCACCAGCUUCAAACAGCCGAAAAUACAAUAUUUUUGG